AUGCCUGGUAUGCGACUGGACUUUUUGAAAAACCCUUCGCAACGGGCUGCGACUGGAAAGUCGAUGCCAUUGAAGCAGGUGGAGGCUGUUCUGCUGUACGGUAGGCCGGAGCAGCGGGCUAAAGUGGUGCAAAAGAUCUUACCGAACGCGUAUGCACUUUGUUUGAGCAAGGCAUCACACCAUUUGUUGCUCUCAAUUCUUGCGAAGUGUGACGGGCUGAUACGGGUGCAGAUGCUCUACCAUUUACGUCGCAAGAUCAGAGAUCUCUCCUUCUCCCCGGUUGGUAAUACUAUUGUUCAGGAGAUGCUGGAGAAACUUCCUAUUCAGCAAAGACGGGAGAUUGCAGAGGUAUUUGUUCUCAACGCCGAAGCGGAUGAGUUUCGCCGUCUCUGUGAACAUCCAUUCGGUAACCACGUGGCACAAAAAAUUAUGGAGCACCCCAGUUCUCGUGAGGUGCUGGAGGAGCGUUUCGUGCCGCAUAUUUCCUUUCUAGCAGUACAUCCAUAUGGGCAACGUGUGGUUGUGAAGUACAUGGAAUCUACCGAAGAAGGAUGGCGGGCUGUUUCGAGGGCACUCUUUGGCACGGAUGAGGAACGGGACGUAGAGGAGGGCAAAAUUGCUCUUCUGUUUCAACCCCUUGACGACAAUAUGACGGUAUCUGCGCUUUUAAGGCAUCCACUGGUUUCUGUCUCUGUGAAGGAUGCUAUUUGCGCCCACCUUUGCGAGUACGCAGCUGAAUAUUUGAAUUCGAGGAAGGAGACAUCUGCUGCCACUGCCGCGGCCCAAGCGGAGGAGGAUGAAUUCCCCCUGCCCGAUUUUGGGUACGCCAAAUUGAAAAAGGACGAGGCCAAACACGAUUUUCCGCGCCACUAUCACGCCUACGUGACAGUGUUUGGGUACGGCGAUAUUGCGCAAAGGAAGGAAAUGUGGGAAAGUUUACGCUCUGUCACCGGCCUGAUUGAACGCAUUGUUUCACACAAGACAGCCGUUGCUAUAGCGGUCGCUGCAUUCAAGACACUCCCAGAAAGCCAAGAAAGUCUUUGGGCGGCGACCACGAUGAUGCCAAACGGGACGGUAAUUGACGUAAUUCAAUUGGCACGAGACCCCGCGCGCACCAUGCUGCUUCGUGCGAUGAUAGAGUCUUGUGGCUAUUUACUAACCGCAGACCAGAGAAAACGCCUGGCGGGGGCUGCACUUGAGCUUUCGCAGGAUCCCGUUUCCUCACCCGUGCUACAAAAGUUGUUGGAGUGCUUUCCUGAGGAUGUGAACACUGCGAGGUUGAUAUUAGAAAAUAUAAGGGGCGAGCUGCGACAGUUGGUGACGCACGAUGCUGCAUCGUAUCUUAUCCAGGCCAUGCUGCAGUAUGGAGCUGCUGGCGGGGUCCGCGAGGAGCUUGUGAACGCACUUCUUGACGUUUUUUCUGAAAUUCAUGAGAUGCUUUCUUUUGCACAGGGGUCUCGUGUAAUGCAAAAGCUUGUUGCGUACGCAUCGGAUGAGGCGGUGUUAACUGUAGUCAAUGCUCUGCUUCGCGAGGCAGAGCAGGAACGGAAAAAAAGCGGGACAAUCGAUGAGGAGGAGAAGGAGGAGGAGCAGCACGAGGGGGCGGAGACUGACGAUGAUAAUGAUGGUAAUGGUGAUGGUGAAAAGAAGGCAGAUCAACCCGCAUUGAAGGCGAAACCUUCCCGUCGCGAACAGCGCGAAAUAAAUCGCAAAAAGCAUUACAAGGUCACCUCUAGGGCUAUAGUCUCGUAUGCUCUUCAUAACCACGCGUGCUAUGUCAUUCAGGCAAUUCUUCGUGAGUGUCGUAGCCGUCAGUUGGAACAUCAGCGCAAGCAGCUGAUGGACGAACUAAAGCCAUUUGUCUUCGAACUGGCCGUCUCGCCGUGGGCUGGUCGCAUUGUGCUUGAAACAAUGUUUCAAAGCGGAAGUGCAAAGUUGGCUGAAGUCAUGAAGAAUGUCGUCUUUUUGAAGGCCGAGGCGUGGCUCUCCGACGUUCCUGAGAAGAACACGCGCAGCGGUAGUGGGCUUGAUCCCACAAUGCGUCAGGCACUGCGCCGCCAUCGUGAGGAACCGGACGAGGGGAGAAAAGAAAGGUCUCCCGACGACAGCUCCAAGAAGCCACCACGGAAAAAAUUAUACCGCACCCUAAAGAAGUGA